AUGCUUUUCCUGUUAUUGGUCCCGAUAAAGAAAUUCGAAACACUUGCAGCUAUAGGAAACUACUUGCAGGGUUUUCAGACAUCAAGCUGUUCAAAAAAUUACCUAGAAGUAGAUGACAGGCAAAAUGUUGGAAACAUUGCUUCUCCAGAACUAUGUGCUGCUAGUAUGAAUAGAAAAUCACUGUCGGUGGCUCUGAACCAAGGGAUUGAAGGACUUCCUGUGGCUGUUCUUUCUAACAGCGGAAGCAGAGCAACCCCGCGGCAAGAGCCCUCGAGGAAGACCCUGACUCCUCGACACUAUCCAGCUCAAGUACGCAUGGCACUACAUCACCCACGCCGAGACCACUACGCCGAGCCUGACCUCACCGUAGAGAUUCCUGAUGUGGUCGAAGCGCAGAUUACAGAUGAUGCUAUCUUUGAAAGCCCUUCAAGCGGCACGUGGACAAACUGCAAUUGUCUCGCGGAAGAGAUCCUUCCUUCCAAAGCCACCGAGGACAGUGUGGAAUGGAUGGUGGCCGUGGUUCCAGUUCGCCAACCCACCUCCUGUGUAUAUUUUCCGAAGAUCGCUACUGCAAGUGGACAUGCGGAUGCUUACCGAGACUUAGGAGCAUCGGCCAAUUAUCUUAUGCUCGGCUUCAAUCGGGCGUUGGUCCUGCCAGUGUCAAUGCUCGCGGGUGGAGCCAUUCCGACGGUCCCGGUUACUGAACUUUAG